AUGAGGGGUCGUGACAUCCUCAAAAAGUCCAACAGAGAAGCAGAAAUGCUCAAAUUCUUUAAUACAGCCACUUCACAGGAUAUACAAGAGUUGACUGGCUGUAAACCACAUACUGCAGAUAAGCUCAUACAAGAGCUUCGUCCUUUUGAAAAUGUGGAUGAUCUUUCAAACAAGCUAAAGAAAGAACGAGGCAUGAGUGUAAAGUACAUAAACACCUACCUUGAGAUCAACGAAGGAUAUGAUGCAGUAGACGAAAUCAUUAAAGAAAUCGAACAGACAGGAAGUCAGCUACAAAGCAUUUUGAACAUUUGGAAAGAGAUGUCUUCCGAAAAUAAUAGCGAAGAAGAAGAAGAAAAUGACAAUGAAGGAGAAGAAGACGAGAAGGCAGGGCUUCAUCUGCAACCCGAAAUUAUCAGCAAGGAGAUCCAAUUAAAAGAUUAUCAGUUGCUUGGUAUCAACUGGAUGCUGCUACUCUAUCGCAAGAAUAUUUCUGGUAUCCUAGCCGACGAAAUGGGAUUGGGCAAGACGGCUCAAGUGAUCAGUUUCCUGGGUAGGCUGUAUGAACUGGGCGAUCAAGGUCCACAUUUGAUUAUCGUCCCAGCAUCCACCAUUGAGAAUUGGUCACGAGAGUUCAAAAAGUUCUGCCCGAGCCUAAAUGUGAGGAUGUAUCACGGUACACAACCAGAAAGAAUGGAUCAGCGAUAUGAACUAGAGGAGGAUGAAUAUGAAGUGAUUCUCACGACUUACAAUACAGCCACGGGUAGUGUAGAAGAUAGGUCCUUUUUGAGAAAUAUUAAGUUCAAAAGCGUAAUAUUGGACGAAGGCCAUAUGAUCAAGAACUGUACAAGUGCAAGAUACAAAUACCUCAUGAAGAUUAAAAGCCAAUUCAAACUACUGUUGACUGGUACACCGCUUCAAAAUAACCUGCAAGAGUUGGUGUCUCUCUUAACCUUCAUCAUGCCUAAUACCUUUAAAAACUACGAAGAAGAAAUACGAUCGAUAUUCAAGAUCAAGACCAACGAAUCAUUAUUGCAAAAGAAGAGAAUCAUACGAGCAAAGCAAAUGAUGACGCCCUUUUUAUUGCGUAGAAAGAAAAAGGAUGUGUUGAAGGAUUUACCACAAAAGAUAGAGAUUAUAGAAGAGUGCGAAAUGACAAAGCAGCAACAAGAUGUAUAUAAUUCAAUACUAGAAAAUAGAACUCAAGAAAGGAUGGAGAAUAUCAUUAUUCAUUUAAGGAAAGCAGCCGAUCAUCCGCUCUUGUUUAGAUACCUGUACACAGAUGAUGUGUUGAGAAAGAUGACCAAAGAUAUCAUGAAGGAUGUCAAAUACUGGGAUUCUAAUGAAGAAUACGUAUAUGAAGACAUGACGGUGAUGUCAGAUUAUGAAUUGAAUGAACUUUGUAAAGAAAACAGGACGAUUAAAAAAUAUCAGUUGAGUAAUGAAGAAUGGAUGAACUCGGGCAAGAUCACCAAGUUGAAAGAAAUACUGCAAGACAAGAUAAAAAACAAAGAAAAAAUAUUGAUCUUUAGUCAGUUCACAAGGAUGUUGAAUAUUCUGGAGCUCGUCAUGCAGACCUUGGAUAUAAAAUAUAGACGAUUGGAUGGAGAGACAAAGGUGAUGGAAAGACAAGAAGUCAUUGACGAAUUCAAUCAAGAUGAAUCUAUUCCCGUAUUCUUACUAAGUACAAAAGCAGGUGGGUUUGGUAUCAAUUUGACAUCUGCAAAUAUCGUUAUCCUUUAUGACUUGGACUUUAAUCCUCAAAACGACAAGCAAGCAGAAGAUAGGGCUCAUAGAGUGGGCCAGACCAAAGACGUGACAGUGAUUAAACUCAUCUGUAAAAAUUCGAUUGAAGAAUACAUCUUGAAGAUGGCAGAUAUCAAGUUAAGACUAGACAAGACUAUUUCAAGUGAUGAACUGCUUUUACAACAACAUUUGUUAUUGACUAAUAACAACAACAAUAAUAAUAAUAAUACUAGAAACAAAUAA